CGCCGCCCGGCAUCGCCGCCUUGCCUCUCUUCCCUCAGGAUCAGGCGGGGAUAGGAUGGCUUUGCGGUUACCUCUUCUACGCCGGCCGGGCUCCCUCCGUAAGCUGAGCCUGCGGUGGCAGCACCGUGCCUCUGUCAAGGUGGUCAAUGAACCCAUAUUGGCCUUCAAACCUGGGAGCCCUGAGCGAGCCGCCCUCCAGCAGGCUUUAAAUGACUUGAGGGGCAAGACCGAAGAUAUUCCGUGUGUCGUUGGGGGCGAGAAAGUGUGGACAGCCGAUGUGAGAUAUCAAGUGUCGCCCUUUAAACAUUUACAUCAAGUGGCCAGAUACUGCUACGCUGAUAAGGACUUGUUGAAUAAGGCCAUUGUCUCCGCUUUGAGUGCCCGGAAGGAAUGGGACCUACGACCCAUCCAGGACCGCGCGGAGAUCUUCUUCAAAGCCGCCGACAUCCUGAGCGGGCCCAGAAGGGCAGAGAUCUUAGCCAAGACCAUGGUCGGACAGGCUAAAACAGUCAUCCAAGCAGAAAUCGAUGCGGCCGCAGAGCUGGCUGACUUUUUCCGCUUCAACGCUAAAUACGCCCUGGAGCUGGAAGGGGAGCAGCCCAUCAGCGCCCCGCCCAGCACCAACAGCCUGGUGUAUCGGGGGCUGGAGGGCUUUGUGGCUGCGAUCUCCCCCUUCAACUUCACCGCCAUUGGAGGGAACUUGGCAGGAGCCCCAGCACUGAUGGGCAACGUGGUCCUUUGGAAACCCAGUGACUCGGCCAUGCUGUCCAGUUACGGUGUCUACCAGAUCCUCCUGGAAGCCGGCCUGCCUCCCAGUGUCAUCCAGUUUGUCCCAGCAGAGGGCACCACAUUCGGGGACACCGUGACCGGCUCGGAGCACUUGGCUGGCAUCAACUUCACUGGCAGUGUCCCGACUUUUAAGCGUCUCUGGAAACAGGUGUCUGAAAACCUCGACCGGUAUCGCACUUUCCCCCGGCUGGCUGGGGAAUGCGGAGGGAAGAAUUUCCACUUUGUCCACGCCUCGGCUGAUGUGCCCAGCGUAGUGAGCGGGACGGUCCGCUCAGCCUUUGAGUACGGCGGCCAGAAGUGCUCGGCUUGUUCCCGCCUCUACGUGCCAGACUCUCUGUGGCCUCGCGUCAAAGCUGGGCUGCUGGAGGAGCAUCAGAAGAUCAAAGUGGGAGACCCAGCUGAAGAUUUCGGAACAUUCUUCUCCGCCGUGAUUGAUAGCAAGGCGUUCAGACGGAUCAAGAAAUGGAUCAAGCAUGCCGAAUCCUCACCCAAUCUAAACAUCCUGGCCGGAGGCGGCUGCGACGAUGCAGUGGGCUAUUUUAUCCAGCCAUGCAUUGUUGAGACAAAAGACCCCAAGGAUCCCAUCAUGCAAGAGGAAAUCUUUGGGCCAGUUCUGUCGGUGUACGUCUAUCCAGAGAAACAAUACAAAGAUAUUCUCCACCUGAUUGACAGCACUUCUCCAUACGGCCUCACAGGGGCAGUGUUUGCCCAGGAUAAGGCCGUCGUUGAUGAAGCCACCAAACUCCUAAGGAACGCGGCCGGGAAUUUCUACAUCAAUGACAAGUCCACCGGUGCAGUGGUGGCCCAGCAGCCAUUUGGGGGCUCUCGCGCCUCAGGAACCAAUGACAAGCCAGGCAGCGCUCAUUACAUCCUGCGCUGGACAUCUCCCCAGGCCAUCAAGGAGACCCACGAGCCGUUGGGGGACUGGAAGUACCCUUACAUGCAGUGACCCGGCUUUUGGGGCCUUUGCAGACCGGAUGGUGACCGUUGGUGCGAAUGGGCUGUGUUUCUCUCCGGCGGCCUUCCUUGCCGAUCUCUCCUAAGGCACAAAUUACAAGGAGUGUAUUGAUUUCCUUCUCUAUCACUUGGACCUCUUUGGAGAAUUAAAAAAUAAUAAUCACAUCCUGCUGAAAAAUCAAAAUUUAUCCCUCCACUUCAGUGCUGCCGUGUUUGUUAAUUUCUCCAGAGAGGCUUUGCUGCUGAACCUUCGGAAAUGCGCAUUCUUCAUCUUUUCUAUCCGUUUCUGAUUUUUAAAAAAAUUGCCGCCUCCCCUGGAGGGGAGAAGCGACUUGGGCUUAAAAGCAACCUGCUGCAUCUCUUUUUGUUAAAGAAAUGGAGGAACAGCCAGGAAGAAACCACAUCCGGAGAAAUUGUGCACAUCGUCUCAACAUGUAGGAAAAGCAGAAUUAAACUCCCUAUAAACUUGCUUCUUGCGCAUCCGAAGGAACAUGGGCUGGGAUUUUUGGCUGAAAAGUUUCGCUUGUGUGUCGACAGCCCCCCCUCCAGAGGGGACGCUGCUUCUUUUAAAAAAGGAUCUAUUUUUGUAAAAACUUUGUACACUCAAAUCGGGGACAAGUAAUGCUUUUUAAAGGGGGACUUUUGGUAGCUUGCCAACUAAGCAAGGCUAAUUCUCUUAAAAUCAAGGGACGGAAGAGUAACAAUUGAAUGUAUGAAAAUGAUUGAUUGCUGAAAGACUGAGGAGCCACUAAUUUGCAGUACCUUAAAGGGCAUAAAGCUUAUUAAAAAAAAUCUCCACCACUGUGUUUGCAUCAAGGCUACAUGAUUUGCUUAUCCCUAUUUUGCUGACUAACAUUUUUAGCCCUUGUAGCUUUGGAAAAUUGAUUUAUAUAACGAAUCGCGUAAGCAGAUGUAAACCAACUUGGUUCUACUCCAUUAAUUCUUAACUCCAAUCUUACUCAUCGUUUUUGUUCCGAGAUAAUUGUUUUGAUUCCUGGUCCAGAUAUUCAAGACUCAUGUUGUCAUAAUUUCCUGCCAAAGCUGAAUUUACAUUUCCAGUUUUCUUGGCUUGCAAGGCACACUGCAUUUCCAUCCCUCAAAGCAGAUUGUCCAUGUAUGAAUAGAAAUGCUCCAAAAUAAAAAAAACCUGCUUUCCUUCCUUGCUUUGUCUUUACUAAAGUGUGAUUAACACUUCGAGAACUUCGACAGCUGAUUAUUGUUACCGCAAACACUGGAUGUGCUUCCAAAACAGAAAGAAAAAUC